AUGCGUCUGCCGAUAGGCCUCCUAGUCGCUCUCCAGCCACUCUUCUUUCGCAAUGUACUCGCCAUCUGGCCGGCUCCCCGCAACAUCUCCUCAGGGGAGCAGACGCUGCUGCUGUCGCCGGAAUUCAGCAUCGUCUCCGACCUCCCGUCGACGCCCCAGGACCUCGAGGACGCCGUCGCGCGUACGCAGGCCAGGCUUUUCGCCGACGGCCUCGGUAGACUCGUCGUGGGCCGCGGCGCCAAUGACAGCGUCGCGUUCAGCUCCGCAGAGUCCUUGUGCACCCUGCGGCUAGCAUUGACCUCCUCUUCGGCGGCCAAGAGCAUCGCGGACGAGGCGGUCGUUCCGUUCGAAGUUAGGAACGAGAGCUACGCCUUGAUGGUGCCCGCGAACGGGAGCGAAGCGACGCUGACGGCGCCGACGACACUAGGGCUCCUGCGAGGGCUCACGACGUUUGAACAGCUCUGGUAUACGUAUUCUGAACAGGUGUAUGCGGUGAACAUGCCUCUGGUUGUUCAUGACUCGCCUGCGUAUCCCCAUCGAGGAUUCGGACUCGACUCGGCGCGAAACUUCUUUCCGGUGCCCGAUAUCAAACGGACACUGGACGCGAUGAGCUGGGUAAAGCUAAACGCGCUCUAUUGGCACGUCGUGGACAGUCAGAGCUUCCCGCUCGAAGUUAGCGCCUUCCCCGAGUUGUCACAGCAGGGCGCAUACUCGGCGAUGCAGGUGUAUUCAGAGGCCGACGUGCAGGAUAUCAUCUCUUACGCCGCUGCGAGGGGUAUUGAUGUCGUCCUGGAACUUGACACACCAGGCCACGAAACCGCUAUCGGGCUUUCCCACCCCGAGCACGUCGCGUGCUACCUGUCCACGCCGUGGGCCGACUUCGCGAGCGAGCCUCCGGCGGGCCAACUCCGCCUGGCGACGCCCGCGACGGUCAACUUCACCGUCGCGCUCGUCGCCUCGGUGUCGGCCAAGUUCCGCUCGGCGUUGUUCAGUACCGGCGGCGACGAGGUAAACGCCAACUGCUACACGCAGGACACGCAGACGCAGGCGGACCUCGCGCAGAGCGGGCUGUCGUUUGACGAGGCACUAAACGAGUUCUUGCUCGCGACGCAUGCGGUGAUCCGGGCGCAGGGUAAGACGCCUAUCGUGAAAGAAGACAUGAUAUUGAAUCAUAACACUACGUUGCCGAACACGACCAUCGCUGUCGUUUGGAUCUCGUCUCAAGAUGCGAAGAAUGUGACUGAGCGGGGUUAUCGAGUCAUACACCAGCCGUCUGACUACUUCUAUCUCGACUGUGGCGGUGGCGGCUGGGUGGGCGACGACAUCCUUGGCAACAGCUGGUGUGACCCAUUCAAGACCUGGCAACGGAUAUAUUCUUUCGACCCGCUCGCAAACUUGACUGCCGAGGAAGCGUCGCUGGUGAUUGGAGGUCAGAUACCGAUCUGGUCCGAACAGAGUGGUCCUGAGAACUUGGACCCGAUCGUAUGGCCGCGAGCGGCGAGCGCAGCGGAGGUGUUCUGGAGCGGGGGAUAUUCCAACGGCGCCGCGCUCAACGUGACAGAUGCUCUGCCUCGUUUACACGACAUGCGUUUCCGGAUGGUGCAGCGCGGUAUCAAAGCCAUCCCGUUGCAGCCCGAGUGGUGUGCGCUGCGCCCUAAUGCUUGCGACCUGAAUUCGUAG